GUAUACUAUUACUGCUACUACAACACGUACAAAAGAUUACUGAACAUGAAGAGUCUCUGUAAUAUAAUGGUGCUCUUUCUAGUUGUUAUCACGAACACGGGCUUGCUUUCGUGUACUCACUCCAACAAUGAUCAAGAGAUCUUGAUGGUCGUUGACGACGAUAAUCCAUCGACUCAACAGAUGGAGCAGACGAUUCAGGCCGAAAAUCGUCUAGUUCAAACUGCAGGGCGAUUCAAGUUGGAAGAUGGGAAGUACUCAUUGAAACGUUUGCGGAUGAAAGGGAGAGAGAAUACUUGCGUUGACAUUGACCAGCCAUGUGGGUUGUUUGACUAUUGCUGCGAUGGCUUACAUUGUGACGGGACAAUUGACGGAAGAUGCCGGCAAGGCCGAGACGAGGAUUGUGUUGGCCUUGACCAGCCAUGUGGGGCGCUUGACCAUUGCUGCAAUGACUUACAUUGUGACGGUUUUAUUAAGGGUAGAUGCAAAGCCGCGGAUUACUGCAUACCUAUAGGGGAUUCUUGCACCCCAUCCCGCGUCCCAUGUUGCGAUGCUGGCAUCUGUGACGGGCCUAUCUUCGGAAAAUGCAGAGCCAUGGACUACUGCUUACCUACUGGGAGUUCAUGCAUGGGUUCACCUUUUCAAUGUUGUUCUCGUGCUUGUGUUUUCUGGUUAUCAAGCUAUCAUUGCUUGUGAAAGAUAUAUAUAAUGUCCUUAAAUAAUUGUACGUACGUAUAAUAAUAAUGCAUGCCUCCAUGCAAGGACGUACAAUGUGUCCUUUAAAUAAAAUAAAAGGUUUUAAUUAAA